AUGUUGCGUCUGUUACGCUUGAAGCAAUUGAACAAACCUCUUCUAAGACAAACUAUCAGGUUACAGUCUACUGUUGAAACUCCUAAAACUUUUAAUUGUAAUGAAGAAGCCGAGUUAGAAUACCAACCAGGGUUUGCGUUUUCCGUUUUUCCACGCAUCCAGGAUGUGCAUACCAAUGAUUUAGUCGGUAGCGAUUCCUUUGGUAAGGACAAGUAUUACGUGGAGAGAAGCGCUACUGGAAAUCUACCAGUUUACAUAGAUGUUAAAAAUGGUGGUAAUGUAUUCACUGAAUUGAGGAAGAUCCAUGGUAAUGUGAUGAAACUUAGAAAUGAUUUACAAGAGCAGUUACCUCAUAUUCCCAAACAAAAUUGGAAGUGCGUUGUGCAAUCAAAUAAAAUCGUAAUAAAAGGUGACUUUUCCCAAGAGGUAAAGCGUGUGUUGCAAACUACUUUCUAA